CUCUCACAAUCUCUCUCUAUAUAUACAAACUUCAUUUCCUUCCCUCUUAAUGCCUCUCUACAAAAACCCUUCAACCCUCUUCACAUUUUUCUUCCGAUUUUCACAAUCAUUACCGGUUCUUCUUGAUCUCGGAACCGGAAUAGAAGAAAACGGAAGAAAUUGAAAACGAGAGAGAGAGAGAGAGAUUUUGGAAAUGGUGAAGUUCUCGAAGGAGCUCGAGGCUCAGUUGAUACCCGAGUGGAAAGAGGCAUUCGUCAACUACUGGCAGCUGAAGAAACAGAUCAAGAAGAUCAAACUCUCCCGUAAACCGAAACAAUCUUCUCAUUACACCGACGCUCGCUCCGAUUUCGGACGCUCUCUCCUCGACCCCCUCCGCAAACUGGCCGAGAACUUCUUCUCGGCCCGCGAAAAACCCGAGAUUAUUCAGGUGAGAAGAAAGAGUUCGGAGGAUGGAGAUGACGACGAUGAAAUUUACCAAACUGAACUUGUUCAGUUAUUCUCCGAAGAAGACGAGGUGAAAGUAUUUUUCGCGAGAUUGGACGAAGAAUUGAAUAAGGUGAAUCAAUUCUACAAAUCGAAGGAAGCAGAUUUUCUUGAGAAAGGAGAAUCUCUCAAGAAACAAUUAGAGAUUCUCGCGGAAAUCAAACAGAUUCUAAGUGAUCGGAGGAGGAGAAACGGGUCGGGAUCUUCACAUCGCUCUUGGUCUUCUUCCGCUCGAAAUUCUGAUUUUUCAGGAUCUCCGGGGGAACUAAGCGAUUCACAGAGCGAGGCAUCAAGAACGGAGGAAAUCAUAGAGGCGUUGGAGAGAAACGGAGUGAGUUUCAUAAACUCGGCGACGAGGAGCAAGGCCAAGAACGGGAAGCCGAAGAUGGCCCUCCGAGUCGACCUUCCUGCCCCGCCCCCCGGAACCGGCCCUCCCCGGUCCAUCUCGGCCGUCACGUCCGUUCUCUGGGAAGAACUCGUCAACAAUCCCCGCCCCGGCAACGGCGGAGGCGACUACGUCAACCGGAAAAAGAUUCAAUGCGCCGAGAAAAUGAUAAGGAAGGCCUUCGUCGAGCUCUAUAGAGGCCUCGGCUUGUUGAAGACUUACAGCUCAUUGAAUAUGGUGGCUUUCACAAAGAUUCUGAAGAAAUUUGACAAGGUCUGCAACCAACAGGCAUCUUCAAGUUACCUCGCCGUUGUAAAGAGAUCUUAUUUUAUCAGUUCGGACAAGGUGGUGAGACUAAUGGACGAAGUGGAGUCCAUAUUCACAAAGCACUUCGCCAACAAUGACAGGAAAAAGGCCAUGAAGUUCUUACGGCCCCAACGGCAGAAAGAUUCUCACAUGGUCACUUUCUUCGUUGGUUUAUUCACGGGCUGUUUCGUCUCAUUAUUUAGCGUAUACGUAAUUUUGGCCCACCUUUCUGGGAUUUUCUCAUCUAGCACCCAAACGUCUUAUAUGGAGACCGUAUACCCCGUUUUCAGUGUGUUUGCGUUGCUGAGCCUGCACUUGUUCAUGUACGGAUGCAACCUGUUCAUGUGGAAGAACACGAGGAUCAACUACGUUUUCAUAUUCGAGCUAUCUCCGAACACGGCCUUGCGUUAUCGAGACGCGUUUCUGAUAUGCACCACCUUCAUGACGGCGGUCGUAGCCGCCAUGGUCGUCCCCCUCAUCCUCCGAGCCGCCGGCUUCUCUCCCACCCAAGUGGAUACCAUCCCCGGCAUCUUCCUCUUGAUCUUCAUUUGCAUUCUGAUAUGCCCUUUCGAUGUAUUUUAUCGACCCACGAGGUACUGCUUCAUCCGGAUUCUGCGUAACAUCGUUUGUUCGCCGUUCUACAAGGUUUUGAUGGUAGAUUUCUUCAUGGCCGAUCAACUCACCAGCCAGAUUCCGCUGCUAAGACACUUGGAAUCAACGGGAUGUUACUUCAUGGCUAAAAGCUUCAGGACGCAUGAAUACAACACCUGCAAGAACGGAAGAAUCUACAGGGAGCUCGCUUACGUCAUCUCCUUCUCUCCCUAUUUCUGGCGUGCCAUGCAAUGCAUAAGAAGAUGGUGGGACGAGUCCAACACGGACCACCUCGUCAACAUGGGGAAAUACGUAUCGGCCAUGGUGGCUGCAGGUGUACGUAUAACCUACGCCAGGGAAAGUAGCUCGCUGUGGUUCGCCUUCGUGCUCGUCAGCUCGGUUGUGGCCACCGUUUACCAGUUAUACUGGGAUUUCGUCAAGGAUUGGGGACUUUUCAAACCCAAAUCCAAGAACCCAUGGCUCAGAGACGAACUCAUCCUCAAGAACAAGAACAUCUACUAUCUGUCCAUCGCGCUGAAUUUCGUGCUGAGAGUGGCAUGGAUCGAGACCGUGAUGAGAUUCCGGGUCAGUCCGGUUCAGUCUCACAUGCUCGAUUUCUUCUUGGCGUCGCUUGAAGUUAUCAGAAGAGGUCAUUGGAAUUUCUACAGGCUAGAGAACGAGCAUUUGAACAACGUGGGUGAAUUCAGGGCGGUAAAGACGGUGCCUUUACCGUUCCGUGAGAUGGAUUCCGACGGGUGAGGUUUCAACACAGACACUGGAAGAUAAAGAUUGUUGUUACUCGAAGGGCCGAAUCUCGAAACCCUAAUACGAAGAUUGAGGGGACGUUUCGGCAUUUUUAUCGCUCGGAGAAGCUCCUGAGAAACUUUGGACAGUUGGGUUAGCUAACGAUUGUCCUAAAGAAAACAGGAGGCUUUGUAUCUGUAAAACCAUUCAAGUGUAAUGAAGAAGACGUUUUCAGUUCCCAGUUCAUACUGGUUUCUUUUGUAAAUCUGAGAUUCAAAUUUAGAAUCUCGCUUUUCUAAUAAUAAUUGCCAUUCGCUUACCUCUC